AUGUGCUGGCCUGUGGUCUGGUUGUGCCUAUACCUGGGCGUGUGUGUACAUCCGUCUCAUGCCACGCCCCCGCAGCACCGCGGCUGGCUGCGUCUCUGGGAGGAGGGCGAGGCGUGUGCCGAGUGCCAGGAGCACCUGUGCCCCCCGGCGCCCCCCAACUGCCCAGCUGGCCUGGUGCGGGACAGCUGCGACUGCUGUGAGCAGUGUGCCAACGCCGAGGGCCAGCUGUGUGACCCCGACGGCGCACAGGAGUUCUACGGUCACUGCGGGGAGGGGCUGCGUUGCCGGAGGCCCCCGAGACGGAAGAGGCGCCUCAAGGACGAGGAUGGCGGUGACAGCCCAGAGCCCAAGUGUGUGUGCCGGUCCACAAGCUCCGUGUGUGGGUCAGAUGGGCGCACAUACCCCAAUCCCUGCCAGCUGAGGGAGGAGGCCAGCAGACUGGGGAAGGAG